AUGUAUCCUGAAGCCAGGGACUUUGCCUCUGCCCUGAAUCCGUCCUGGGAGUUUGCUUCAAGACCUGGGGCCUGCCCUGCAGUGGGGCUGGAAGCAUCCACCUUGCCCUGCACCCUGGACCCCGAUUGUCCCGGACUUCAGAAGUGCUGCCCCUCGUCAGGAGGCCACCGCUGUGUGGUGCCCACUCCUGGAGUUCCACAGGGGAACCCGGAGGGUUUCUGGUACAAUUUGACUGUCCUGGUGAAAAUGGACUUCAAGGAACUCCAGCAGGUGGACCCCCGGCUCCUGAACCACAUGCGGCUUCUGCACUCCGUGGUCAUAGGUGCCUUGCAGCCUCUGGACCCCACUGUCCAUCACCUGCAGUCGGCCGGUGGGGACACCUCGACCACUGUGUUGCAGCUGCUGCUGGGCCUGCUGCAGCCGGUGCCCGUCGCUAACGUCUCUGCGAUGUUGACUGGCAUCGUGAAGCGCAUCUAUGAAGUGAUCAGCGUCCAGGUGCAAGAUGUAAACAGAUGUUUCUUCUAUGAACUCAGUGCCUGCUCUGGAGGAGAAGUGUGCUCCAACACGCGGGGCUCAUCUCAGUGUGGCUGCUGCUUGGAGUCGCCCACCUCAUCUCCCCAGAGGCUGCCCAGCAUGUGUGAAGAUUGCCCUCCCAUCAGAGACUACAUGGCCCUCAACGUCACCAGCAGCAGCUUCCAGGUGUCUUGGAGUUUAAAUUCCACCCAGAACCGCACUUUCCAUGUGCAGGUUUACAAGGGUGAGGAGCUCCUCAGGAGCGCCAGGACCAGGGAGAUGACCCUGGAGGUGGCCGGGCUGGAGGCCGGAGUGCUAUAUGGGGUGAGGACCAGCUAUCAGGCGUGCGGGGCCCAUGUCACCGCCGUGCUGACUGUGAGAACCGAGGCCAGGGCAUUCGAGGUCACGGUAAGGAUCCUGGACCGCAACGUGACAGAGCAGCUGCUCAACCGCAGCCAUCCGGAGUUCCAGGACUUUUCUCGGCAACUGCUGCUCGAGGUUGAAAACUCCUUCCCACCGGCCAUUUCUGACCUGCUCCGAAGAGGGAAGCUGAGGCUGCAGAUCAUGUCUCUCCAGGCCGGCAGCGUGGUUGUGAGGCUCAGGCUGGUGGUGUGGGACGCUGGGUUCCCUGUGAGUGUCUCCACGCUGGCCCCCAUGCUCCCACCUCUGUGGGCGAGCGCCGUGUUCCAGAUUGACCAGCGGGGCACACUAGUGCAAGAUUGGGAUGAGUGUGCACACAGCCGGGAGCACGACUGCUCCCCAGCCGCCCAGUGCAUCAACCUGGAGGGCUCCUACACCUGCCGGUGCCUGACGGCCAGGGACGCCAACCCCUCCAGAGCAGGCCGGGCCUGUGCAGGUGACAUGGUGAGCACCGUGUCUCCAGUGACGGGGGCAACAGCCUCAGCUUCCAGCACAGAAACAACAGCCCUGGGCCUGGAGACCCCCGCCCACUCAUCCAGCCCCAAGCUCACGUGGGGCACCCCUGCAGCAGGUCAGCCCCGGACCCCAGGGUCCCCUCCCUGGAGAGGGGGCAGUGGCGUGGUUGGGCAGGACGGGAAUGGCACAGGGGAAGGCGUGGAGGAGCAGGUGCCCAGCAUGGCCCCAGGCCUGGGGACAGAGCAGCGGACGGCCAGCAUGGCUCCCCGGCCAGCCCACAGCUCUCCUUCUGGGGCCACGGGCAGCCCCCCAGACCCCCUUGGAUGGUUGUCGGGAAACUCCACGAUGGAGCUGCCCCUACAGCCCACCCCUACUGAGGGCCCCACAGGUCAUGUUGAGUGGCACACCAGCCUCCCUGCUCGCAACGCACCGCCAGCACCUCUGGACCCCACACGACUGCAAGAUGUGGACCCCAGACCCUCUGGUUCCCCAGACCUGGCCUUGGCCCCCACCUCUGGGUCUCUGAGCUCCCCGGCCUGUGUUCCUGUACCCAUUGGAAGGGUCACAGUCUCUAAUGUGACCAGCACCAGCUUUCACAUGGCAUGGGUGGCAGAUCUCACCCUGCACCCCACUUUUGGACUCACCCUGGUUUCCAUGCAGAGACCCACUGUGCACCUGGAUACCCAGAAUACAAGUCUGAUACUUUCAGGCCUGGAACCUGGCAUCUUGCACUUGGUGGAGAUAGUAGCCAAAGCAUGUGGGCAAGAAAGUGCCCGAGUACUCCUGAAAGUGAGGACAGUGGCCCAGAAACUCACUGGAAAAGUCAGAAUUGCAAACAUCAGGUAUCUAGAAUCCUUCCGCAGUGCGAGCAGCAAGGAGUAUCAGGACUUUCUAGAGCUGUUCUUCAGGGUGGUACGAAAUUCCCUGCCAGCUGCCAUGCUUCAGCUCAUGGACACAGGCAGGGUCCAGGUGAAAGUGACCAGCAUCACCAAUGGCAGUGUCGUGGUGGCGUUUGAUCUGCUGAUCACCACAGAUGUGAAUACCUGGGAGGUGUCUGCCGCCUUCCUCGGUGCCUUUCAGAACACCUCUCUGCUGGAGGUGGUCAGAGAGGACACCUUCAUACAGGAUUACGAUGAAUGUGAGGGCCAGGAGCACGACUGUGAGCCAGGGGCAUCCUGCCUCAACACCUUUGGGUCAUUCACCUGCAGCUGCAUGGGAGGUACCCCUGACCUCCCUGUGGAAUAUUCUGGAAGACCCUGUGAAGGUGGCUCUCCUGGCAAUGCAACCCAAGACCCUGGGUCCUCUCUGGCCCCUGGCCCUGAGCAGCCCCCCACCCCAGCAGGAACUAGGGCUGCUUCUGUGCCACGUGCCCACCCAGCCUCCCAGAUCCUGCCUGAGCGACUGAACCUUACUGGAGCGGUCAGAGUGCUCUGUGAGCUUGAGAAGGUAGCCAUCGCCAUCCAGAGACGCUUCCUGCAGCAGGAAUCCAUCCCCGAGUCCUCCCUGUACCUGGGCCACCCAUCCUGCAACGUGAGCUACCGCAACAGCACGCAUGUGCUCCUGGUGGCCGGGUGGACCGAGUGUGGAACCGUCGUGCAAAGUAACACGACAGACACGGUGGUGAGGACCACACUGAGGAACGACCUGUCCCCGGAGGGCAUCAUCCGCCACCUGAAGAUCCUGGGCCCCAUCCGCUGUGCCUUCCGGAACAACCUCUUGAUGUCGUCCGGUUACACCCCGGAGUGGGGGGUUUACACCAUCAUCGAGGACCUCCACGGCGCUGGAAAUUUUGUCACUGUAAUGCAAGCAUUUAUUGGAGACUCCCCUAUACCUCGGAACUAUAGUGUGUCUGCCAUCGAUGACGUCAAGAUAGAAGUGGGGCUCCAUAGGUUGCAGAAAAGUAACCUCAAGGUGGUGCUGACUGAGUGCUGGGCCACACCGUCCAGCGAUGCCAGGGACCCGGUCAUGUUUGGCUUCAUUAACAACAGCUGCCCCAUCCCCAAUACACACACAAAUGUGAUCGAGAAUGGGAAUUCCAACAAGGCCCAGUUCAAGCUGAAAAUCUUUUCCUUCAUCAACAACUCCAUCGUCUACCUGCACUGCAAACUCCGCAUCUGCAUGGAGUCGCCUGGGGCCACAUGCAAAAUAAAUUGCAAUGAUAUUCAGUCGCUGAGGCGUGGUGAGGAACCCACAACACACCAGGCAUCCUGGGGACCCCUCGUUCGGGCUGAAGGAGAGCCUCCAGGCACGGAGUUGGGCCUGGGAGCUGGUCAGCUCGUUCUCGUCGCAGUGGCCGUCUCAGCCUUGGUGGCGGGCACAGCUGCCCUGUUCGUCACACGUUACCGGAGAAUGGCCGGGAAGUACAGCUUCAAUACCCAGUCCAACAACUUCAGCUACCAGGUGUUCCACGAGUAGGAGGCCUGGCUGGCCAGAAAGGCAGCUGUUAAUCAAGCAUCCAGCAGUGCCAGAAGCCUACUCGGUUCCACAUCUAGAGCUUGGGUGAGUCCCAGAGAGAAAACCACAGCCUUGACUGACCCCAGGAGGCCCAUCACCUGUGUAGGUCCUAGAUGAGCAAUACCAACCAGGCGGGUGAGAGGAGCUGGCAGAGAAGUGGCAGGGUACCGGGGAUGUCCAGGGCUCCAGACCAAGCCUGAAUGCAGCUCUGCCAUGACCCAGAUCACCUCUACAACCCCAGAGCUCCCAGACCCUUUACUAUCCUAACUGCUCAAGUGGCCCUUCCUGGUUUGCUUGCUGUUGACAUCUAGUGCCUGCCACCCACCCAUCCAUCCACCCAUCCACCCACCCACCCAUCCACCCAUCCACCCAUCCACCCACCCAUCCAUCCACUCAUCCAUCCAUCCACCCACCCACCCAUCCAUCACCCAUCCAUCCACCCAUCCACCCAUUCAUCCAUCCAUCCAUCUUACCAUUCAUUUGUCCAUUCAUCUGACACUCUUUGUCAAAUACAUAUUUCACAUUUUCAAAGAUAUUUGAAAAAUGCACUUCAAGUUCCUUUAACAAUGGGUCAGUCGUAAACACUGCUAAUGUUAUUUUUAGUGUAUGUAUAUGCUCUCUAACUUUUUCCUGCAUUGCCAGGAUAGUUUUUAUCUACACAACAGUGAUUUAAAAGACACUAUUAAUACAAAAUUUUUUAUAGUAAGUAGAGAUAACAUUAUACACACACAUCACUGUUAAAUUUUUCCAAAUAUUUUCACAGCCAUUUAAAAAUAUAAUCUUAUCACAGGGAUGAUAAUUGAUUACCCAUUACACAUGGGAAACCAGAAAAGGGAUGGGUGAGUCAUUUAUGUAAGGUCACAAAAUGAAUUAAUGGGGAAACGGAUCUAGAAUCUAAAUAUUUUAAUUUAAAAUUUUCUCCAUUACACUGUGCUAACAGAUAAUGCCUUUUACUUCAUUUAAAACAAAUUCAAUUAUAUUUGAUAACUAACACCUGAGAGAAUAGUGCUUUUUCCUAAUAGGCUUAGAUAGAACUAUAAUGUGGUCUUAGUUUUUAAUUUGUGAGAUUAAUUUUGUUGAAUAUAAUUAACUGCCACUCAUCCAUUAAUACAGAACAUUUGGGAAAUGAAACUAUCUUGAUGUAUAGUCUCUGAGUCAGCAAAGAUCAUCAUAUGUAAUAUGUGUGGCUAACUGAUUUUGAAUAAGUAGAAUAAAUUGCGCUUGACUUUGAAACACGACGUGCUGACUGCUCUGUUGGGCUCAGUUGCCGUCAUGGGCUCACCUGGCGUCCACGGGGCUGGGCGCUGUGCUGGGUGCUGGGGAGGCCAGGAAGGAGUCUCUGGCUCUUCUUGAGCGUCGUCCAUUUGUUCUGAUAUUGGCUCAGAACCUGUCACUUGCCUUUCUUAAAAAAGAGUACAUGUUCAGUAUGCCCAAGUUGUGAGCCCCAUG